GCGGAGCAUUGUACUCACAUCCGGGGCUGGGUUUUGCUUUAAUGCGAAACGUAAUUAACCCGGAAAAAAGAGCCGAGAGACAAGAGAGAAGGAGGGGGCGGGGCGGGGGGACCAGAGCGAGAGGAGCCCGAGGCACCGAGAGUUUGGCGGCGAGAUAAAGAAACCCCCGGAGAGCGCCGGCCCCGCGGGCCGGAGGGGCGCGUCGCACCCCGAUGUAACCCCCGCACCCUGCCCGAGCCCGGCCCCUGCGCGGCGGGCGGCGGAACUUCGCUGCGGGUUCUGGCGCUGGGGCAGCGGCCCCGCCACCACUGCCCGAGCUGCGGGCAGGGCAGGAGAGCAGAGACCGUCCAGGGUGAUGUGAGCAGAGCCCAGGAAUGCCUUAUGUGGAUCGGCAGAACCGAAUCUGUGGGUUUCUGGACAUCGAGGAGAAUGAGAACAGUGGCAAGUUUCUGCGGAGGUACUUCAUUCUGGACACCCAGGCCAACUACCUUCUCUGGUACAUGGACAACCCCCAGAACCUGGCAAUUGGGGCAGGAGCUGUUGGAUCUUUGCAGCUGACCUACAUCUCGAAGGUGAGCAUAGCCACCCCAAAGCAGAAACCAAAGACUCCAUUUUGCUUUGUCAUCAAUGCCCUCUCUCAGAGGUAUUUUCUUCAAGCCAAUGACCAGAAAGAUCUGAAGGACUGGGUUGAAGCUCUGAACCAAGCCAGCAAAAUCACUGUACCCAAAGUUGGGAACCUUCCUCUGACGACGGAAGUGCUCAAAAGCCUAGCAGCUCCUCCGGCCCUGGAGAAGAAGCCACAGGUGGCCUACAAGACAGAGAUCAUCGGAGGGGUGGUGGUCCACACGCCCAUCAACCAGAAUGGUGGGGACGGGCAGGAAGGGGGUGAGCCAGGGUCCCACGCCAUCCUGCGAAGGUCUCAGAGUUACAUUCCCACGACGGGCUGCCGGGUACCCACUGGCCACCCCUUCAUCAAGAGCGGCUACUGUGUGAAGCAAGGGAAUGUGCGGAAGAGCUGGAAACGUCGCUUCUUUGCUCUUGAUGACUUCAGCAUCUGCUACUUCAAGUGUGAGCAGGACCGAGAACCACUGCGCACGAUAUUUCUCAAGGAUGUCCUCAAGACCCAUGAGUGUCUGGUCAAAUCCGGGGAUCUCUUAAUGCGGGACAACCUGUUUGAAAUCAUCACAAGCUCCAGGACCUUCUACGUACAGGCGGACAGCCCAGAAGACAUGCACAGCUGGAUUAAAGAGAUCAGGGCAGCUGUCCAGGCCCUCAAGUGCCACCCCAGAGAAAUGUCCUUUUCUCGAUCCAUCUCUUUGACUCGCUCUGGAAGCUCCAGCCUGUCGGGUGGGCCCAACUCUGUCUUCUGCAGAGGACGGCCACCUGUGGAAGAGAAGAAAGCCCUCUGCAAAGCCCCCUCGGUGGCCUCCUCCUGGCAACCCUGGACACCUGUCCCCCAGGCCGGGGAAAAGCUACAUCCACCUGAAGAGACUCUUGAGGACGCUUUGUUCACGUCUCGACUUGGGGAGAGCAAUACUUCCGGGGCAUUGCCCAGCUCCCGGAUAAGGCACCGAUCGGAGCCCCAGCACCCCAAGGAGAAGCCAUUUAUGUUCAACCUUGAUGAUGAGAACAUACGGACUUCUGAUGUGUGAUGAGGCAUAGCGCCCAGGGAGGGAGGGACAGGGAGGACUCAAGCAAAGGAAGCCAUCUCUCUGUUUUCCUAUCUGUUGGAGGAUAGUCAGAGGCCUUUAUGCCGCUCACAUUCCUUUGGAUGCUCUAUGGGAGGGGCCCAUCCAGCUGGCUUUUUAAAAGGAAAUAUCCAUGUGGUGUGUUUAAUUUGGGAAAAUCACUAGGUUAUGCUCAAUGGAGAUCAGGUUGCCUCUUGUUCGACUAUUGAAAGGUCGUCCUGAUGAGAGAAGGUUGGAAGUCUAAUUUCGCCCCUAACCAAGUUUUAUUUCCUUGUCCUGGUUUUAGUUCCUUCCCUUUGUUUUCAGGACAGACACGGAAUCUUAGGCCAGUCAUCUGGCUUUAUCCUAUUCCUCUGUAUUGGCUGAAGUUUGACUGUGAAGUAGAAGGGUGGAAACUAACCCACCUAAACAGAGAGAGGAGAGGUGGAGACCCAGGCUCCGCUGCACUGGGAUCCAUUCUAAGGGGAGGUGUUAAAAUCUGGGGGCUAAUCCAUCAGGGAAGAUCCCCGUAGAGAACGAAAUAGGGACCUCUUGUAAGGAAUGGGGAAUGAUUCAAUACAUCAGUCAAUUUUGGGAACGACUCUGUUCUCAUGUAGAUGUUCUUUGGCCCCAAAUACUGUCAGUGUGAGUGACAGACCUGCCCACUUGGUUUCCGGGUCAGCCCCAAGGAUGAGUUUAUCAGUGUUAAAUGUUACGACUGUUGAGAACAGAACAGACAUUUCCCUUGAUACGGUGUUAGUUGGAAUGUGUGGAGAGUUGACACUUGUAUGAUAAUUCACUGUGUGAUAGAUCAGAUCUCUAUUUUAGAGUCUUAGAUUUGCUGUGAAGCAGAUGCUGGGAAGAGAUGGGUUAGAGUUCAUCCAGCUAAGUUUUCUUGGCCCAUGUUUUCCAAACAGAAGGAAAGGCCUGCUUUAGCAUAGACAUUACCUUGAAUCCUGCCUCACAGCUCGUUUUUCAUGGUCCAACAGUAGUCUAAGUGUCGGUGCUGUAAUGCUGUGUGCCCUGGCGUAUUUGCUUUCUUUUUCUUGUUUGUGUUGUCCUUUGAAAGAAGCCUUAGGUUCUUGCAUGACCCGACCUUGUAAUCUGAUGAGGUGUUCUGUGUACUUAAGAGCAGAGAGAUAGAAAGGUAAUCUCGAUAGAUAUUUAUAUUUUUAAUGAAAUAGAAACUCUGAUUUAGAGGCUAUGCAUUGCUGACUAGAGAUGUCCCAGGUAGAAAAGCGUAGAUUGUAUUUCCCGCCCAAAUUUCAGGGUGUACCUUCUUCCAUUUGGCAAAAAGACAAAAAAGAAAACAGAAAACUAUUUCUGGGGCCCUGGAAGGAUUUGUCUAUCCAACUUACAUGGUGAACUGCUCAGGGUUCCCUAAAGGCAGAGACAAGGUAACUCAUUUCUGUCUGUAACUUUUAUCAGCUAGGUCAGUUAAUUAUAUCUUUAAAUUAUAAAAUUAAUGACUUGUGGAAGAGACUAAGAGAAGUAUUUUUACCUAAGUAAAUCCCUUUCCCUGCUUAUGUCCACAUCUAAUGGAGAGGUGAAAAGAUGAGAUCAGAAAAUCCUUAGGGACUUGAGGGAAAUCUUAUGUUUCUUUCAGGAGCCGUUCUUUCCUUGAAGUCCAUGUCAUGUUGAGAACUAUUCUUGACUGCACUGUGUUGGAGCUAUACUUCACUUAAAUUGCUUGGCAUAGUGGUCCUGGUAUAAAAAGGAAAUCUACUACUGGGUCUCUCUCUCUCUCUCUCUCUCUCUCUCUCUCUCUCUCUCUCUCUCUCUCUCUCUCUCCAGACUCUUACACACUUUUGUCCUUAGAAACCCUUGGUUUGGGAAUUAUUUAUUUGUGAGUGGUGGAGGUUACAACAUACUUCAAGUAGCCUACUUCCAAAAGUCAUUCCAAAUUCUUAAAGCUCUUUGUCUCUGGUUUCAUUUUCCAGUUUUCCUCAACAAAAUUAUUUGGCUAAUAAGUGCACAGUAAGUCAUACUGAAUUCAUGGAAAUAAUUUAGAGACUUUUGAGGUCUCUUUAAACAUUCCCUAACUCAUGGAAAGUUGCCACCUUUUGGUGUGUAAAUUGUAAAAAUCUAUCCAUUUCUCUCUCUCUUUAAGAUUAAACUCUGCUAGAAUACUACUGCUACAUUAAUUGGCCAUUAUAAUAAGAUGAUAUGUUUCUUAUUCAUUAGUCUUUUUUGAGAAUGUGUUAAAUUGAACAUGCUUAUAAAUCCAAAUUGUAUUAUCAUGAUGGGGGAAAACAGGGACUCUAGUUGGCAAUUCCUUAGAAAUUCCAUGUUAGAACAUAUUAAUGUGGUUCCAACACCAGGUAAAUAUAAUUACCUUCAAUGAAGCCUGAAAGCAUUCUCAUUCUCAAACCUUAUUUUAGAAUUCCUUUUGUGUCCAUAUUUCUUACCUUCUGGCCAAUUUCACAGCACAGCCUUUUAAUGUCACUACACAUGUGAGCCAAAGGUGGUAUAUGUACGACAAAAGCAUUUAGUUUUAAAUGUAUAAAAUGGAAGCAAAGCAAAAAAUAGGGUGGGGAUGCACUAUAGGUUAGUAGUUAAAUGCAUAGGCUCUGGAAUAAAACUGAGUUUUAAAAAAUAAAAUAAAAGGAACUAAAAAAGGCACUGCAUUUUCUUCGUGGAAUAAAAACCUUCUCUGAGUUGUGCUGUUUUUAUAAGACAGUUGGCGGCGUCUUGACUCACUCUAUAUGUAACAGUACUUCAGGUGGUCUUCCCUGGAGCUGAACUAGUCACCAUCCACUGCUUUUAAAAGCUUACGGAUUUGCUCUCUUAAGUCAGUUGAUGGUAAACAGAACUGGGCUUUUUGCAUACUGUGAGACAACAUAAACAUACAUUGAGUAGAGUGACCUCCGGUCAAAAUGUUGGAAUUACACAUCUGUUUCUGGGUAGAAUGCUGGAAGAUUCCCAUGAGAAAGUAGAUUUAAGGUCCAGUUUUAUAGUUUACUUACAAGUUGCUUCCCCCCCCCCCCACUUUUUUUGAGUAUAACUGCUCUGACAUAGGCUAAAAGGACCCAGUAAAUAAAUAGCAGGCUCAAUACUGGAGCAGUGGGAUUUGAUGUCUAUUCGCACUGACAACUAAAUAAACAAGCAUAUGGAGGUAACAAUAUUUUGGUAAUAGAGUUUCCCAAAUCAGCUUCAUUGAUAAACUUUGAACAUGUCAGAAAUGGUUACGUUUAUUAAAUCAUUUCUACCCAUUCCCUUUCUCUCUGCGUGUUGCCUGCAGCAGUCAAUUACCAUCACUCAUCUAGGUAGAGUUUGAACUGUUUGAUUCCUUUCCCCACUGCUUAGGAAAGUGUGGCAUGAUUCUGUGUUUCGAACCAGUAUGUUUCAGCUGUGAAAUGCACUCGCUGUAACUGCUGAGCUGAGUGCAUGGAAACGGUUGUGCUUCUCAUGUUAUGUGCUCUCUGAAUUGGUAUGUAGCAAAAAGUUAAUUUUCUAAAACUGUUUUGUGGCUUGUUUUGUAAUAAAAAACAUGAGGAUACUGAAA